UUUCCCAACACCCAUAAUUCCCCCCUCCCCGUUUCUCUGCUGCCCCCUGCAGGAUGUCGGAACCGCUGCCCUUGUCCUACGUGACGGCCCAAGAGAUGCGCUGCCUUCUGCACUGGCUGUCGGGCUGGACCCCCGCGCAACGGGAGCGCUUCCUCCGAGACCUGGUGGACAAGGCCGUGCCCUGGAAGGUGCUUCCCCUGCUGGAGGGCCUGGCCGGGCUCAGCGUGGGGCCCGGGAAGCCCCCGUCCAUCUACGAGUGCCAGAUGCGCCUCUGGGACCAGUGGUUCCGCGGCUGGUCGGAGGCCGAGCGCAACGAGUUCGUGAGGCAGCUGGAGGAGGAGAUGCCGGACCUGGCCGGGCGCUUUUACCAGGAGGUGGCUGCGACAGCAGGACAGCUCUGACGCGGGCCGUGGCUCUCCCUGCCACCCCCUAUUUUGUAUCGACUCCUCUGGACAUCUCCAGUGCGCUGCUGUUAAAUGAAACAUGGCAUUCCAUGUGCAACCCUGAAUAAUAUGAAUAAACAUUGUUUACCAAACCCAAAGGGUUAAAUGCUCGGUUGUCCUGAAAAUUGGUGACCCUCGUGGUUUUUUUUCCUCCCUCCCUUCCUUCCCCUCCUCCUCCUCCUCCUCCUCCUCCUCCUCUUUCUUUUCCUUCUUUCCUUCCCUCUACCUUCUUUCCCUCCCUCCUCCUCCCCUCCCCUUCCCUUCCUUCCUUCCCCACCUCCUCCUCCUCCUCCUCCUCCUCUUUCUUUUCCUUCUUUCCUUCCCUCUACCUUCUUUCUUUCCCUCCCUCCCUCCUCCUCCCCUUCUUUUCCUUCCUUCCAACCUCCCUCCCCCCUUCCCUCCCCUCCCUCCCUCCUUCCCUUCCUCUCUCCCUUCUCUUUUUUCGUAUGAUUUUGUAUUUUUCUUAGACCCUUUAAAGAAGAUGUAUCUCUAUAAACAAAGAGUAGAAGCGUACUGUAAAGAACAAAUGAAUAAACAAGGGGUUUUAAAAUGC